UCUUGCUUUCUUUCUCUCUUCGCUACUCCUCGCACAUCAAGAGCGAUGUCGUCGAGCGAAAAUGUCACCAAAGCCUGGGAUGUUCUCGGCGAAGCGCUGUCGAUGGACCCGCUGGACUUUGAGGACCACGAGAGCUGGAAGUUCCUCGGCCUCGGCGACCUGCUGGCGGCCGCGACCGCGUCCGACCUGAAGAAUCUCGGCCUGGACGUCAAGACGGAGGAUUUCACGAAGUAUCCCACAGUGGGCGAAUUCAAAACCUUUCUUCUCAGAGGCGACAACACCGCGCCGAGUAAUGGAGCGCCAGCAGCAAGCCCUGCGCAGCUGAACGAGCCCGCGGAUCCAUGGGAGGGCAUUCCCAAACCGAAAGUGCCGCUCUCCAUCGCCCUCCAAGGCCAGGCGAGCAAGGCAAAGGUCAUCGUCUUCCUCCUUCCCGACGGCAGCGGCGCAGGCGGAUCGUACGGCUCGCUACCGCGCGUGAGCCCCGACGUCUGCCUCAUUGGGUUGAACUCGCCUUUCCUCCGUCAGGCGGAGGCUUUCACUUGCACCAUCGAGCGCAUGGCUCGGCUGUGGCUGGACGAGAUCCGCAAACUCCAGCCAAAGGGGCCGUACGUGCUUGGCGGGUGGUCCGCAGGCGGGUACUACGCUUUCGAAGUGGCGAAGUUACUCAUCGCGGCGGGCGAGAAGAUCGGCCGGAUGAUUCUCAUCGACUCGCCGUGUCGGCUGCAGUUCGAAGCACUGCCGGAAGCGGUGGUCGGGGAACUCACGAGCAAAGGUCUUAUGGGUGCUUCGGGGCUGAAGAAGGCGCCGGAGUGGCUGGUGCAGCAUUUCACCUCGACCGUCAUCUCCGUGGAGAGCUACAUGCCCACGCCGAUCGCUGCGUCGGAUGUCCCUCCCGUGGUGAAUUUCAUCUGGGUGCGAGAAGGGCUGGUGAAGGACGUGGCCGAGUCAGGGCUGAACGUGGAUUUAACUGUCAAGGUCACGCGGUUCCUACUGGAGCCGCGAGGAGAGCUGAAGACCGUUGGGUGGGAGAGGUUGCUUCCGGGCGCGAGAUAUGAGUUCGACUACAUGACUGGCAACCACUUCCAGAUCACCCAACCACCCCAUGUAAGUGCCUCGAUCUCCGCUUGUACAUACAUUGGCUAACGGUUGCAGUCUGAUGAUCUGGGGAGAAUUUU